UGUGACACAUUUCAAACAUGGCUUCUAAAGAUCAACCGGUGUGUCAAAUCUUCUCCUUCCAGGACUGUAAAAUGUCCCCAGACCCAGUCUUCGAGCUCCCGGCCCAGUGCGUGACCCCCACGGCGGCCCCGAUAGUGAUAGACAACGGCUCCUUUCAGACUCGGGCCGGCUGGGCGGCUCCGGCGGCGGAGUUCGACUCUCCGCGGCUGCUUUUCAGGUCGGUGGCGGCUCGCAGCAGAGGGGCCGCCCGCAGCGAAACCCAGAUAGGGAACGACAUCCCGAAUCUGGAGCCACUGCGGUGGCUGCUCAAGAGCCAGUUCGACCGCAACGUGGUGGUGAACUUCGAGAUCCAGGAGCUCAUCUUGGACUAUGUUUUCACCCACCUGGGGCUCAGCUCGGAGGGCAGUGUGGAGCAUCCCAUCCUGAUGACAGAGGCCCCCUGCAACCCACUGCACUGCCGGCAGAUGAUGUCAGAGCUGCUGUUCGAGUGCUACCGCGUCCCGUUUGUGUCUUAUGGCGUGGACGGCUUGUACAGCUUCUACCACAACAACAAUCAGAGGAACCAGCGACCAAACACCGGCAUCAUUCUGUCCUCUGGCUACCACUGCUCUCACAUCCUGCCUGUUGUCAACGGCAGAUUGGACGCUCUGAACUCUAAACGUGUGAACGUGGCUGGAAGUCAGGCGGCUUCCUACCUGCAGCGCCUCCUGCAGCUGAAAUAUCCAGGUCACCUCGCCGCCAUCACACUGAGCCGCAUGGAGGAACUGCUGCAUGGGCACAGCUACGCUGCCGUGGAUUAUCACGAAGAGCUGGAGAAGUGGCGCUGCCCGGAGUUUUAUGAGCGGGAGGUUCACCGGAUACAGCUUCCCUUCUCUGGGAAGGUGCCAGGAGGCUGCGUGAGUGCAGAGGAGCGGCAAGAGAGGCGAGCUCAGCAGCUCCGAAGACUUCAGGAGAUCAACACUCGGCGGCGGGAAGAGAAGCUGCAGCAGGAUCAAGAGAGGCUGGACCGAUUUUUGGCCAUACAAGAGCUGCUGGAGGACGGCCUGUUGGAUCAGUUCCACAAAAGCCUCAUGGAGCUCAACAUGGAUUCAGCCGAGGAGCUGCAGUCGUACAUCAAUAAGCUGCAGCUUGCAGUGGAGCAGGGGAGGCUGAAGCUGCUGCAGAGCGACGGAGGGGAGGGGAAGAUGGAGGUGUCGGAGUUAGAGCAGCCGGUGGAUGAAGGAGACGGAGUGGCACUGAUGGAUUCAGACUUCCCCGAGGACCCGCUGUCAGAAAAAUCCGCCGGCGUCGUUCAGCCCGCCUUCAACAUGGCCGAGUACCACCAGCUGUUUGUGGGGACGGAGCGGCUGCGCUGUCCGGAAAUCCUGUUCCAGCCUUCUCUGAUCGGAGAAGACCAGAUGGGACUGAUGGAGACGCUGCAGUAUGUCCUAGCAAGAUACACUCCUGAGCAGCAGGAGGCGCUGGUGAGUAAUGUGUUUCUGACGGGAGGUAACAUGCAGCACCCUGGCAUGAAGGAGCGGGUGGAGAGGGAGCUGCUGGCACUGAGGCCAUUCCAGUCUCAUUUCAAGGUAACCAUGGCAACCCGGCCAGGCUUGGACGCGUGGUACGGAGCGCGGGACUGGGCGUUGGAGCAUCCAGCCGCAGCAGGAGCAGAAGGCUGGAUUAGCCGGCAGGACUACGAGGAGAAAGGAGGCGAAUAUCUGAGCGAACACUGCGCCUCUAACGUCUUCGUUCCCAUGAAGCUCGCCAAACCGGUUCCUGUUCGUCCCGCCGAGCCCCCUGCGGCUCUUCAGACCCUGACAGGAGCCUCAGCCGCCUCGGCAACCGUUACAGUUGCCCCAGCUCCAUCCUUAUCCACAGAUUCUGCUGACGUCAACAUGGCUGCCUCCUGAAAUGAGAAAUAUUCAUUGAGUGCAGUUUGGACUGACUUGAUGCAUUUAUUUUUUCUUUUGGUUUGAUUUGGUAAAUCCAACCUUUGAGUCCUUUGCGGUUGGACUAUUGCAUUAUAUGACAAAUGUUACUCAAUAUGUUUUGCAGCUGUAGUUUCAACCAAACAUUGCUACAUCUUUUUCCAGUGUUAUAAUUUUAGAGCUUUCCUCAAAGACGUCUCUCAUUCAGACUUUCCUUUUUGAGUCUUUUGUAAAUUUGUAAUUAACGUCUGUAGAAAUGCUGAUCGAAACCUUUCAUAUUGAAUGGUGAUCACCUUUUAAGGUCUAGUUGAAACACGUAUUUCAAUAUUUUGUAACAAAAAACAAAAAAAACAUGAGCUUUCUUUGUUUAUUUGAAUACAGAUUUUUUUAAGUAAAGUUGA